AGAGUAUCAAUGAAGCAGCACCCCUACAAAGCAGCAGACCGCAAUUCACAUCAGAAUCCGAGAGAGAGGCUGUGCACCCCAGAGGAACCAAGCACAAUACAGAAGAAAUAUGUUCCAGCCGGAUAAAAACUGUUUUGGAUUCAGUGAAAAAUCAGAACAUUUCAUAGCAAAAUACCAGAAAACAUCAGCAUGGUCAACUUUCGUUCCGGGCUCAGAAUACCCAUGAUGAAGUUUUUACUGGCAAUUCUUGUUUUUGUUUUUUUCUCCUUAUGCGUUGAAGAAGCCCAUUCCAAAGAGAAAUCCUCAAAGAAAGGGAAAGCGAAAGGGAAGCAGUAUCUCUGCCCUUCUCAACAAUCUGCUGAAGACCUUGCAAGAGUACCUGCUAAUUCUACCAGCAACAUCUUGAAUAGACUUCUGGUUACUUACGAUCCCAGGAUAAGACCCAAUUUCAAAGGAAUUCCAGUUAAUGUAUCAGUCAACAUUUUCAUUAACAGCUUUGGAUCAAUACAAGAGACAACCAUGGAUUAUAGAGUUAACAUUUUUCUAAGACAAAAGUGGAAUGAUCCCCGACUCAAACUACCUGCGGAUUGGCGGGGUUCAGAUACAUUAACUGUGGAUCCCACCAUGUUUAAGUGUCUGUGGAAGCCAGAUCUGUUCUUUGCAAAUGAAAAGAGUGCCAACUUCCAUGAUGUCACUCAAGAAAAUAUUCUUCUAUUUAUAUCUCGUGAUGGGGAUGUCCUGGUCAGCAUGAGAUUAUCCAUUACUCUCUCAUGCCCGUUGGACUUGACCUUGUUUCCUAUGGAUACGCAGCGUUGCAAGAUGCAAUUGGAGAGCUUUGGCUAUACUACUGAUGAUCUACAAUUUAUCUGGCAAUCGGGUGAUCCUGUUCAACUAGAGGAAAUUGCUUUACCCCAGUUUGACAUUAAGAAAGAAGAUAUGAAAUUGGGCAACUGUACCAAAUACUACAAAGGGACUGGUCCUGAUUUCAAGUCACCAUCAACUGAGCUGGUGGCAACUGCAACCGGACCUCCCCAGAUGAUCUUAAUAGGUGGCAGGUUUGAUGAAGAAGGUUAUUACACAUGUGUAGAAGUGGUCUUCACUUUAAGAAGACAAGUUGGAUUUUACAUGAUGGGUGUUUAUGCACCGACAUUGCUCAUUGUCGUUCUCUCGUGGCUGUCAUUUUGGAUCAACCCGGAUGCAAGUGCUGCAAGAGUACCACUGGGUAUAUUUUCAGUGCUCAGUUUGGCAUCUGAAUGUACUACUCUUGCUACUGAACUCCCCAAAGUGUCUUAUGUGAAGGCCUUAGAUGUCUGGCUGAUUGCGUGCCUUCUCUUUGGGUUUGCUUCACUGGUUGAGUAUGCCGUGGUUCAAGUCAUGCUGAACAAUCCAAGGAGGAUUGAAGCUGAAAAGGCAAAGAUUGCUAAGGCCGAGCAAGCAGAAGGGAAAGGUGGAAAUGCAGCUAAGAAGAAUACUGUGAACGGCACAGGCACCCCUGUGCAUAUCAGCACUUUACAGGUUGGGGAGACCCGAUGUAAAAAAGUUUGCACUUCGAAAUCGGACCUGAGAUCCAAUGACUUCAGCAUUGUUGGAAGCUUGCCAAGAGAUUUUGAACUGUCAAAUUAUGACUGUUAUGGAAAGCCCAUUGAAGUUAACAAUGGACUUGGGAAAUCUCAGGCUAAGAACAACAAGAAGCCUCCUCCUCCAAAGCCUGUCAUCCCAUCAGCUGCAAAACGGAUCGAUCUUUAUGCAAGGGCACUAUUUCCAUUUUGCUUCCUCUUCUUCAAUGUCAUAUAUUGGUCCGUAUAUUUAUGAUAAACCUUUAUUUUUUUAAGGGGGGAAAGUGUGCAAUAUAUGCCAUUUCAUUACAUCAUGAAGGCCAGUCUGCAACAAUUAUUUGCAUUUGCAAAACAAUAUAUUGCAUAUUAGAUGCCAUGCGAUUGUAAUAGGGAAAAAAGUGGCAUCGUGGUUUUGAAUGAAAGCAUGACACUGCAACGUCUGUGCUCGAACCAACUGUUGUAUAUAACUGUAGAGCGUACAUCCUGCUUUAGGAAUAUAUGAAGGAUAACGCAUACUACAUUAUUGAUGCUGGACAACACUCCCUAUGAACAUAACCAAGAGUCAAAGUGUUUCUGAUAAUGAAACUGAUGUGCACGCUGAGUAUCAGUAAGAUCAAUAUUCUAGUAUAUGUAGUAUUUAAAAGUUCUCCUUAUGACUUUCAAAGCCAAGACCCAUCUUGUUCUUGUAUAAAUUUAGCUGGCACUGUGGAAGAACAAGCUAAUGUUGUAAUUCAAAUUAUUAGACUUUGUAAGUGGGCAAAGCAUAUAUUAAGCUGAUCUUGUCUAUGUGAAAAAUAAAGAUCAGAGAAUUA